CACUGACACAGGCAGCAUUAUGAUGAUGUCAGUUUUUCUACUGCUGCUGAUGCUGGGACUCUUUGUUCAGGAAUCAAUGGCAGAUAUAGUUGUGACUCAGUCUCCAUCAGCUCAGGCUGUUCAGCAGGGAGACACUGUUUCUAUCAGCUGUACAGUCAGUCAGAGUGUCUACAGUGGCAAUCGCCUCAGCUGGUACCUGCAGAAACCUGGCCAGGCUCCUAAACUCCUGAUAUAUCUCGCCACAACUCGCCGGUCUGGGAUUCCUGAUCGUUUCAGUGGGAGUGGAUCUGGGACUCAGUUUACACUGAAAAUCACUGGAGUCCAGGCUGAAGAUGCAGGAGAUUAUUACUGUCAGAGUUACCACAGUAGUGGUGUGUUCACACAAGGAUUACCAGCAUCCAGUCCUUUCACAGACACUGACACAAGCAGCAUUAUGAUGAUGUCAGUCUUUCUACUGCUGCUGAUGCUGGGACUCAUUGUUCAGGAAUCAAUGGCAGAUAUAGUUGUGACUCAGUCUCCAUCAUCUCAGGCUGUUCAGCAGGGAGACACUGUCUCUAUCAGCUGUACAGUCAGUCAGAGUGUGCACGGUGGCAGCUACCUCCACUGGUACCAGCAAAAACCUGGUCACGCUCCUAAACUUCUGAUAUAUACUGCCACAACUCGCCAGUCUGGGACUCCAGAUCGUUUCAGUGGGAGUGGAUCUGGGACGCAGUUUACACUGAAAAUCACUGGAGUCCAGGCUGAAGAUGCAGGAGAUUAUUACUGUCAGAGUUUACACUACCUCAACAGUAAAUAUGUAUUCACACAGUGAUACAGAGCCGUACAAAAACCUCCCUCAGUCAGACUGCACAGAGAAUGCACAGAGACUGCAGCUGGGACCUACUGCAGGUGCUGAGGGGGGAGGCACUGAUCUGU